GUAUUAUUGUGUUCGAUGAUCGAACCUUCAUUUGGAAAUUUCACGAAAUACGCGGAGAUUAACUGGGGUGAUGGUCGUGGCAAGAUCAUCGAAGCAGGACGAGGAUUAACAUUGUCCCUCGAUAAUUCUUCUGGUUCUGGUUUCCAAUCAAAGAAUGAUUUCUUAUUCGGCAGAUUUGACAUCCAACUCAAACUUAUCCCAAACAACUCAGCUGGCACUGUCACCACAUUCUUCCUAGCCUCUCAAGGAUCGGCACACGAUGAAAUUGAUUUCGAGUUCUUGGGGAACUCUUCAGGAGAGCCGUACACAGUUCAUACUAACGUCUACGCUCAAGGCAAAGGAGACAGAGAACAACAGUUUAAACUUUGGUUCGAUCCCGUUGCAACAUUCCAUACCUACUCAAUCGUCUGGAACUCUCAGCGCAUCAUAUUCUUGGUGGACAAUAUACCGAUUAGGGUUUUCAACAACAACGGAGCAUUCGGAGUCCCGUUCCCGACGAACCAGCCAAUGAGAGUGUACGGUAGCUUGUGGAAUGCAGAUGAUUGGGCAACACAAGGCGGGCAGGUCAAAACCAAUUGGACCCAAGGUCCAUUUGUGGCCAAUUACAGAAACUUCAAAAUCAAUGCAUGUGCGUCGUCGUCAUCUUCAAACGGGACAUGCGUAUCGGGAUCGGGGGAUCCUUUUAGUAACCAGAGUUGGCAAACUCAAGAGCUUGAUGCCAAUGGCAGAAACAGGUUAAGAUGGGUCCACCAGAAAUAUAUGAUCUAUAAUUACUGCACUGAUUUCGUCAGGUUUCCUCAGGGUAUUCCAGCUGAAUGCAAGCGCUCCAGAUUCUGAUCGAUCUAAUUGGAUCCACCCAUUUUCAUUUUCUUUUUCUUUUUAUUUAAUAAAUUUUUAAUUCUUUUUUCACGUGCUUGUGAUUGUGAAAAAAUGGCGUUGUUCAUGGGGAUUCUUUCAUUGUUUCAUUCUUUUAUUCGGUUCUUAAUUGUUAGUACCAUGUGGGUAGUGUAGUACUAUACUGUCAGAAAUAAAUUUAUGACUUCAUUUGAAGUCGCAUUCAAAUUUA